AUGUUAGAAUCAAAAGAUGAGGAAAUACCUAAUACUGUUGUGAAUGUAACAUUACACCCUCUUCUAAAUUCAACUGAUGACGUAACGGAUGAAGAAUCGGGUGCUGAAGAAAAUCCAAGUGUAGAUAAAUUACCAGCAAGUCAGCACAAUGCUACUGCGAUUUGUGAUUUGACCGUUUCUACCAAUGGAAAUGCUGUGAAUGCAACAAGGAAACAAUCUUUUACCUCUGAUGUUAUUCCAGAACCUUCCAGUAGUACAAAAACAGCAACAAUAACAACAACAACCACAAACAAACCAGCAAAGCUAUCGAAGAAUAAAGUUCUAAACCUCCAGAAAUAUAACUGGAAAAGUGGUGAAAUAGUUAAUCCAAAACCUGUAUGGCCUCUUAUGUUCACAGUUGCAAUGAAGAAAGGGCGAACACCGCUUGAAUAUUUCCAACAGUUUUUUGAUAACGAAGUGCUUCAAAUGAUGGUCACUUACACAAAUAAGUACGCAGCCAAGAACAAAAGAACAAGGGAACAAAAGAAAAGGGCAACUGAACUAGGUGAUUGUUCAGAAGAUGAGAUGUUGGUGUUUAUUGCAAUACUUCUGCUAAGUGGAUAUGUAACAGUGUCACGCAGAAAGAUGUACUGGCAAUCAAAUAAAGACAGUCACAACGACCUUGUAACAAAUGCCAUGUCCAGAGAUCGAUUUGACUUCAUCUUGCAUGUACGCAACAAUGACAAUUUAGAUAAAUCAGACCGUUUUGGGAAAAUCCGCGCAUUACCGUGUCGCUCUGUAUGCGACGUCGCCGUCGCGGCCGAGACGUGCGCCGCAUGCAGCCAGAGCCCGCCAAUCGGCCACGCAUAUCAAGUCGCGCCGCCGCCGCCGCUGUCGCUGUAUGAAUAUGGCGGCCGCUCCGGGCUACGUCUCCUCCUCCUCUUCCUCCUGCUGAUGCCGCCGCUGUAG